AUGGCUCCUACACUAUUCGCUAGAGCAGCAGCUGUUGACCUCGAAAAUGUUGAAGGAGCUCAAGGGCGAACGCGUGUCGACGAUACCGACCCUGAUAUCACCUUCUCGCCUUCUAUCAAGCCUUUCCUGAAACCCGGAUCGCCAUGGGUCGUCGUCAAGGAUGCCCUCGCUUACAAGGGCUCAGCCAUCUCUAGUAACAGCACUGAUACCUACAUUACAUUCCGCUUUUCGGGCGACUCGCUGACCCUUGGCAUGCUAUACAAGGCUACUGGAACCAGUCUGAAGCUCACACUCAAGAACGGCACCUCUUACCCCUUUUCGGUCAGCUCUGAUGAGGCAACCGCAUCGGCACCCAACCGAGACAAAGAGGCACUGCAGAAGAAGGCUUUCCACCUCGAUGGCCUCACCUGUGCUAACCACACCGCCACUCUCACUCCUGUAGCCGGUGAGAGUGCCAUCCCCGCAGGUCAGCCUCUGAUGUAUUUUGACUGGUUCAGCUUUCCAACGCCUGGCAAUCCGGCGACGUGCAAGCCGUCUACUUUGCUUUCUGCUGCAGGCACUAGUUUCAUGUCUACGCCCUCUUCGCAGGCUCAAUCCGCUGUGCACGACCACACUACCAAGUAUGCCGGCAUUGGCGUAGGUGUUGCCCUCCUAGGCUUCAUCGCCGCUCUUGUAGUUGUAAUGCUUCGACGCCGUCAGAAGCGUCAUCAAGCCCCUGCUGCUGACCAGCCGGAUCGCGUAUACAGACCGAAACGCGCUCAGAGGAGAGAUGAGACGCUCAACAUGACCCUCACCAUGUCGCAGAACAGUGCUCGCCCUGUCCUCCAGCCCGAGGCUGUCUUCCGGCCUCGAGGCAUCCACGCUCUUAACCACGACGGGUCAUUCAGCACCAUUCAUUCCGACACACGAAACGAUGUAACCGACAGUCCCUCAGCUAACGCCACGUUCCCCUUGAUGCCCGUAUCGCCUGACAACCAUAUGGUCACAGGUGAUGAUGCAGGAUUCGGGAUCGGUCAGGCGCUGCUCGAUCUCCCGCACGAUCCCAACCCUGGCGCGCAUCGACAGAUCCGCAACAGCAUGUCAAGACUGCACUACGAAAAAGCCAGAACACUUUCUGGCACGCCUCAUCUUCGUGUCUCUCCCAAUCGUGGAUCGCCUGGCCUUGUGGGAGGGCAUGCGCUGCAAAGAAUGCCCAGGGAGGAUAUAAACGCCACUACGCCUGACUCGUUUGGUCGAGGAGGCUCGCUCCGAGCACAAAAAGCUAGUCGUACAUCGCCACGACGUCCAUGCACAGCCUCAGCUGUCGACCGUCUGCGCAGCGACGCGCGCCAACUCGACGUUCCCCGCACUCUCUCUCCUUUCGAUCGCUCUCGACCCGCGACCAGCUCAGAGAUGCCAUGCCGCCACCAUCAACAACAUCUUGCGACUGCUCAAGCCCAGUCCAACGGUCAGUGGCAAAGAUUCAGACGCAACUCAAGCUCCUCCAUCGACACGCGUUGGUCUCGUGCUUCGGUUAACGAGUCCUCCGAACCACAUGUCACGCGGAACGAGGAUAAGCAAGAGCAAUCUCAGCUACAUGUGCAGGCUAAGCGUCUAUCGAAAAGCCUCCUUGACCUACCCAAAGCUGCUGAAGAGCAAAAGACAACUGACAGCGAAGCCGAGAUGUGGGUGAGCAAGAGAAAGACCCUUACCGAGUUCGGUGGUAAACGAAGAAGAAACUCUACCAAUGUUCCACCGAGAAGGCCUCCGAAGUCUCCUCAUCGCCCAUCCACGGGUCAGGCUGCAACUUCGCCUAGGUCUUUCCAGCCUUUUACCAUCUCUUAG